CCCUCCGCGCACGCAACAGGAACGGUGAACGCGAGCCGCGGCAUACGCUUCACCCCCUAAUGCGGUGAUAUCGGGCACAGACCGGCUUACCGAGUGGAGCCACGGACGGUUUUCAAAGGUUUCGCGGUUCCAUUUUUCGGACGUUUGUUCGGCCGCGUGUUCCGACCCGCUCGCGGUCCACGGAUAUUUGAAUCGUUUUCGGUAUUCGACGCGACUCGGAUUCGUGCGGAUAAAUCAUCGGAGGAAUAGCGGGGAAGUGCACGGGGGUCUCGUCUUCAAUGGGGCGACCCGAUAAGCCGGCUGUUACGCGCUACUGCACGCUGCCACCGCGAGUUCUCUGUAGGUAAUUGCGACUCGUGAGGUCGUAAAGAAGCAGAAGACAGUUUUAUAGCCCAGGCCCACGUGGCCCUCGUAAACUCGACGCGGCUCGGGUCGGCUUCAGACUCUGCCCGCCUGCCGGCACACGGCCGCCUCUCCUUCUAUUCGUCGCGAUCCCCCUCGUUCAUUAUCGAGUCGUUUAGGGAGCCGGGGUUCGUCCGCGCGAUAGGUGCGAACGCGAGUAAACGGCCCCAGUGUUAUAUCGGUAACCUGUCGCCAGUGCGAGAUGACACCGCUGCCGUGAGACCACCGACGCGAUGACACGGUCCUGUACUUAACGACAGUGCGCGUACCCCGUCAUCCGCCCGACGACCGAUCGUGCCGUUUGUUCUCGUGAAUGUCGAGCCGUAAGCGCGCCGAACGAUCGGUACAGUGACGUCGACGACUGGUGCAACCGCGUGAACGAUGAGUUCCUAUCAGUUCGUGAACUCGCUAGCGUCGUGCUACGCGGGCCAGCAGCCCCAGCAGCAGCCACGAGCCACCGCGAACUCGCCCGGAGAACCGUUGCAGGCGGCGUCGCCCGCGGGCGGGGACUAUUACAAUCCGAACGCAGCGGCCACCAGUUACCCGGCGCCUUGUUACUCGCCCCAGCAACAUUAUCCUCAGCAUCCUUACGCGACGCCCGCGGCCGGGAUGCCGCACGCGGCCCCCGCAGGCAUGAUAGACUACACACAGCUACAGCCCCAGCCGAGGCUCAGCGCGACCACCACCUCGCAACAACACACCCUGCACGCGCAACAGUCCCAGCAUCACCCUCAGCAGCAUCAUCCCCAGCAGCUUCACCAGGACCCGACGACGCCGCUCCUGCAGGCUGCCUCCGCGCCCUCGGCGCCCUCCACCUCCAGCUGCAAGUACGCCGACUCGACGUCAUCCGCCAGCGUUGCAUCGCCCCAGGAUCUGACCACGUCCACCUCCAGGAACAGUCCCACGCCUCUGGUCGCCUCGGGCACCAGCAAAUCCGCCACCGGUCUCACCUCGCCGCCCGGAAGCUCCCUCAGGUCCUCCGUCGCCGCGUCGGCCGCCUCGCCGCCCACCGGAAACUCCAGACCCGGGGCCGAGGAAACCUCCACGCUGACCACCGCGACCUCCGCCUCGUCGCCGGCCUCCUCGACCUCCAGCACCUCCAGCACCGGCAACAACUCCUCGAACAAGCAGAACGCAUCCGGUGGCACUCCGCCGCAGAUUUACCCCUGGAUGAAGAGGGUGCACAUCGGGCAGAGCACGGUGAACGCGAACGGCGAGACGAAACGACAGAGGACGUCGUACACCAGGUAUCAGACGCUGGAGCUGGAGAAGGAGUUUCACUUCAACCGCUACCUGACGAGGCGGCGUCGCAUCGAAAUCGCACAUGCCCUCUGCCUGACGGAACGUCAGAUAAAGAUCUGGUUCCAGAAUCGGCGGAUGAAGUGGAAAAAGGAGCACAAGAUGGCGAGCAUGAACAUUGUACCGUACCACAUGUCGCCGUACGGCCACCCUUACCAGUUCGCGCCCCACCCAGGCCAGUUCGCUCAUUUGGCCACAUAGGACGAGUUCUCGCCCGCCGAGCUCGGAGCACACGCUGUCCGGUUCCCUGGGAUGUACGGCGAGCAGAACUUCUAAAAGGCUUUUUUCCGCUUUCGGCCCGGUCGGGUCACCGACGUCACGCGUGACCCACCGGGCCGAGACACUUCACUUCCAGUAGGACACGUGGUGAGACCCGACGGGGUCUGACACAGGCCACCGAUGCCUCGACGGAUUGUCACUCGUCAAGCGGAAUUUCUACUUGUCCUUCUGCUUGCUUUUCUUUUUUUUCCCUCCCCCCCAUCUCCCCUCUGCCCGGCGGAGGCAUCCUCCGAUACGCCGGGACCAAAGGGUUCGGGAUUUUUUGCCACGGGAGACCCGUGGAACGACACGUCCGUGUUUCGAGACUCUUAUCGUGUAGUCUUGUUGCUUCCACCUAACUCGGAUUUGACCCUUUUCUGUUUUUUGUUUUUGUAGUACCUGUUUUUCCUACCUUCGACGUUAUCGAUUUCGAAAUUUUAAUAUCACGAUGUUCCGUGACCCGUCAGCAUCGGUCUGUGUACGCGAAACACUCCGAACACGGUAGUACUAUUCGAAGUUGAAGGGAAGCCAAAAAAAUUGUCUGCAAGCACGCCGUGCGCCCGAUUAAAUGGACUGGACGCGCUCCGAGGGGCUCUCGUCGCGACUAGAUUACGAAGUACCGGUGUUGAACGCGUACGAGAGGCCACCUCAGCGGGUGAGAUAAAACCGAAUCAGUAGUUUAAGGCGUAGAAAUUAGCGGUCUAAGUGAUUAAUUAAUUCAACGACUAAUUAAUUAAUUAUCUUGCCUGGCUGCACACUGUUUCGCAUCUCUGAAUCACUCCCACCCAUCCUAUCCCCGUAAACACACCAUCCCCGUCUCCUGAAAACCAACGAAAAUCGAACAGACGAUGCGCUGAUGUACUUAUUCCUUGUUUCUUCUUCCACUUCCUCUUCUUUCGCUCGUUCGAUCUGUCUCUCAGAGCGUGUUCAUCGGGGGUGGCUCAACGCGAAUUUCGCCAUUGCAAUACCGCAUCCCGAAUGAUCCACGGUGAAUUGUAAAACCAAAUCGCAGAACGUUUAUCACAAUUAUCACGGAGCAAACCAGAUCGAUUAAGCACAUCGAAAACGUGCACGAAUAAUCCGGGACGCGUGAAUGCAAAGUCUAAAUUCGCGGUCAACUACGCGAUCGACGCAGCCUCCCCCGGUGAAGCGUAGUUUCUAUGUGCACGUUAAAGUCUCUACUUCGUAGUACGUAAGGUGCCUAUUAAUACUCGACGUAUUCUCUGCCGUUUUUCGAUAGAGGCUGCUGAAUGUUUGAACGUCCGUUAGAUCGACGCCCCGCGAAUCUCGUAGGAAACCCCGAACCACUCACGGCCGACGAAUCGCGUAGUAUUUUACUAGGGAGUAAGGAACGGUCGCUUAAGAUGGCGGGAACGCAAAGUCCUCGACGCGGUCGACGCGCGACCGUGACUCUCGUUCGCUGCAUCGUAACGCAUUAAGCCAAAUUAAUCGGGAAUGUAUACGCGUCACUUUGCCCCGAAACCUAUAAAAGUUACGCUCGUUCCUCUUCUUCGUUUUUUUCUUCUCGAUAUAUAGCGUUUUUUCAUUCUGUACUCCCUCGCGUGACAGUGUCGAGUUCUAGAUACGUAUAAUGGACUGAAUUUGUAGUACGACGUUAAGAAGGAAACGGUGGGCAGCUGAGGAAUCAGCCGUCUCUCUGUAAAUAUAAUAAUGUAGUCCACGUUCCCCCCGAGGCAGCCGACCGGCAUUGUUCCUGAACAGUCCGUACAUGUAGGUUGACUUCGUGCGAAACAGGUCGUUCGUUUGGUUCCGUCGAGCCAGUUUCCAGAGAAUCGUACAAGAAAGCAAUUAGUCUACGUCUGUGAGGUCCGCGCCAGGUAACGUCCGUUUACGAAUUAUUAUUUCCUCGAUUUUCUGCUGCGCUGCGAUCGAACGAAACGAGCGACGACAUUCUUCAGCGUAUCGCGCGCGAUCACUUCGCCAGAGCAACGCGUUUCGACGUACAACGAUGGAAAUUCGAGACACGUAGCGUACGGCAAAUAUCUCUUCGCUUUGCGAUGCAAUUGUAUUAAAAAAUUGAGCAGAAAGAUACAUAGUUUUCUAAUCGAAAAUCAUAGAAACUCGUCGAAUGUCGAUGCUCUGCGAACGAAAGUUCGCGGCCGCGCAUGCGCCUACCGUUUGGUUGCGCACACGCGAACGCGCAACGCGCGAUACGAGCGAACAAAUAACCGACGAAAAAGGAGCAGCUGUCACGAGGAGGAGGAAGAGGAGGAGGAGGAAUUGGAGGAUCCCUCGGCGACCUAAUCGAACAAAACGGCAGGUGUGUAAAUGAAUUUAGAUAGCGUGUUCGCGAGCGAAGCGCGGGUUAAUUGGUUAUCGUGCGAUACGAAAAAUCUAAUAAUGAAAAGCAAUUAACAGUCGCUCCGCGCUUAGUAAGAUGUCGUGAGCUGCGCGAUACGCGAAGCAAAUUCGGAAGAAUACAGGGAUCUAAAGUAUAUUAUCGAGAUUUAGAGUGAGAUAGAGAGAGAGGUCAGAAAUUGUAAGGUGAAAUCGAACAAGGCGGGAAGAGAGAUGUAAGAGUAGGCUAAUGUUGAAUUGUACAUAGCUAUUGAAUAUAUGAUAACACGAUAUCGAAUGACGUUAUUAUCGUACGAGGCGUUAACGAACGAACCGAUUCCGCGAAUUAUUUUUCAUUUUUACAGCCGAUAAGGGAAAAGUAUACGAGCCACGCGAGACACGAUUAUUUCUUUAUGUGAUAUUUGACGUAAUUAGAAGGUAAAGUUAGUCGACGAAUUGAAGUAAAUUCGACGUUAGAAAUUCUUUCGUUAUCGCCUGGUACCCU